AUGAAGAUCUUUUAUUAUCUCCUCCAUUUUCUGUGUUAUGUGAAUUUCAUUCUACCAGCCACAUGCAGCUUGUUGGAUCCUGAUCAGUGCUCAAAAUCUUUUGGUCGCUGUAGGAGACAGUGUCUAAAAGAAGAAAAGCAAAUUGAUAUAUGUUUCUCACCAAGUAAGAUUUGCUGCAUUGAGAGGGCGUACGAAGAAGAUUAA